GACCUGAAGCACUAUGCAAACAUUCUUCGACUCCUCAGACUCAUUCGGGUGGUCAAACAGUUGAAGCAGUUCCCGCGAGUUCAGUUCAUGGUCCGCACAGUGUCGCGCAUGGUGAACGCAGCCGGUGACAUUCUUCAGCUGUUGGGCGUGUUGCUCUUUUUCUUCUCAGCUUUGAGUAU